AACCUUAACAAAAUACUUGACUGACAUACCAAAAAAAUGUAUUAAGAAACAAAAAACGGAUGGCCAUGGGUUGCAUAAAAUCGCCGAACUAUCGAAACAGCCAAAUGUCCGAUAGUGCCAUCGAUAAUUCUGGCAGCUCUAGUCGCGAAAACACAGACGCAAGAAAAAAGAAAAACAGACGAAGAGGGAAUACGGGAUUACGAAUACGCGGGAAGUGCAGAAAAAUCGCCCAAAUUUUCACGCGCAACGAUUAACGAAAAUAAACAGCCUCACCAUUGAUCAAUUCCUGCAACUGCAAGAGCGGAUCCGUAACUUCGAGGGCAUGCUUGGCGGCGGCAGCGGGGAGCGUCUGUGCACGCCAAGCACUUCGGCCGGCCCCUUCCGCAUCUUCUCCGUGGCCGGAUUCCAGAACCGGGCCAAUGACAUUGUCUACUGCCCGCCGAUCGUGCGCCAGCACUCUGUGCACGUGCCGGAGGACUCAACGGCCAUCAUUUACUUUGGCGGCGACGUACAGGACUUCCCGGAGAGCAUGGAGACGAACCGAGAUAGCCGGGGCUACAUGAAGUACAACCUCGAGAACUCGGCCAUCCUUCUGCGCGAGGCUUUCCCCAGGUCACACAUCAUCGUCAUUCGGCCAGUGCGCAUGGAGUUUAAGACAUUCAGCUGCUUCGACAACUUUGUGAGGGGCAACAACGCUGGAGUUCCGGAUCACACGCCCAUGAAUCAUGCCCUCCAGCACCUAGAAAAACUGCUCCAGAAUCUGUCGCAGCGACUGAUAUCCAUACCCGAGAACGAAAUCCUGGAUCAGGCCGCUCAGGCGGCAGCAGCUGCGGCGGCGGUGGCUGCUGCAGCUGCAGCCGCCGCCCUGACGCUUUCCAACGCCACGGUCACCUCGGAGUCCAACUCGCAGUCGGCACCGGCCAGCGACAGCAGCCAGGAGAUGGACAUUGACAUUCUGCAAGUGCAGGAGAAUAUCACAGUGGACGCGGAUGGGGCGGUUAUAUUUCCCAUUGUGGGCAGCGAUGCGCCGGAGACGGUGAACAAUGUGUCCGGAAAUAAUGGCAACGUCGGCGCCGGGAACGAGGACGGUAUGAACAACCACCAGGAGCAGGUGAAUAACCAGCCAAUGCAACAGCAGCAGACAGCGGCGGCCAUAAAGAUGACUUCUCCCACAACGGCGCUAAAUGCCACCAACAACGUGGAGCACUACAACAACGAUUGUGCCACGAGGCCGGUUCCUGCCACAACUGCAGCAUCAGCCGCGGCAACGGCAACGUCCUCAUCCACGGCAACCGGCGACAGCAAUCCGCUGUGGUGGCGUGAGAACCUCAACCUAGACAAGUCCAAGCUAGUACUGAUUGGCUUCAGCAAGGGCUGCGUCGUGCUCAAUCAAUUCAUCUACGAGUUCCACUAUCUGAAAACACUGACGCCCGACGACAGCAGCAUGUGCCGACUGCUAUCCCGCAUCUCGGACAUGUACUGGCUGGAUGGCGGGCACGGGGGCCAGAAGAACACAUGGAUCACCUCCCGCAGUCUACUGGAGACGCUCACGCGCAUGGCAGGCAUGAACAUCCACGUCCACCUGACGCCCUACCAAGUGCAGGACGAUCGCCGACCCUGGAUUCGCAAGGAAGAGAAGCUGUUCACGGAGAUGCUGAGGCGGCUGAAUGCCCCGAUUACCCGGCACUUGCACUACGACAACCAGCCUGCGAACCUAAUGACCCACUUUGAGGUGCUUCAGGCUUUCUGCCAGCAUGUUCAUGCCCUGAACCAGCAGCAACAACAGCUCCAGCAGCAGCAGCAGCAACAGGGUGUGGGGAUCAGCGAGCAGUCGGCGGCGACUGUGGCCACCAACAAUGGUAGCAACAGUCUGUUGGAAGCCGGCGAGGAGGCAAAGUGA